GUGGCCGCGACGUAGUCUCCAACGACCGGCCGUGGUAUCGGGGACCGAGAAGUCUCGCUAGAUCGAGCCUUCGAGCCGAAGUGUCGAGGUCGAAUACAGGCAAGUCGUCUCGGGGAGAUCGCAGCUUCCUCUACUGCCAAUUCGGUCCAAGAACGAUGGGGAAGAGUUUCUGCGACAUCCGGAUCCUUCUUGUCGUCGCGGCUGCAGCUUUUAUCUUCAUCCAGGUGCGCCUUUUUGCAACACAAUCUGAGUAUGCAGAUCGCCUGGCUGCUGCGGUGGAAUCUGAAAAUCAGUGCACAAGUCAAAUGCGCUUGUUGAUUGAUCAGAUAAGCAUGCAACAAGGGAAAAUUGUUACCUUAGAAGAAGCAAACAAACUUAAAGAUGAAGAAAGUGCACAACUGAAGACCCUACUUCGAGAUCUUAAAACAAAGAAUCUACAGAACUUGAUAGGAAAACAUGAGGUACCUGUAGCAGCUGUUGUUAUAAUGGCUUGCAAUCGACCUGACUAUCUUGAGAGGACAAUAGAAUCUGUCUUGAAGUAUCAGAGAUCGAUUGCUACAAAAUUUCCACUAUUUGUAUCGCAGGAUGGAACAAAUUCGGAUGUUAAAAGUAAAGCUAUGAGUUACAACCAAUUAACUUAUAUGCAGCAUCUAGAUUUUGAACCAAUACAUACAGAAAGACCUGGAGAAUUAAUCGCCUAUUACAAGAUUGCUAGACACUAUAAAUGGGCUUUGGAUGAAUUAUUCUUCAACCACAAUUUCAGUCGAGUAAUUAUAUUGGAAGAUGACAUGGAGAUUGCCCCAGAUUUUUUUGACUAUUUUGAAGCCACAGCUGCGCUACUUGACAAGGAUAAAUCAAUAAUGGCUGUUUCCUCAUGGAAUGACAAUGGACAAAAACAGUUUGUUCAUGAUUCUUAUGCUCUUUACAGAUCAGAUUUUUUUCCUGGUCUUGGAUGGAUGUUAACAAAAACUAUAUGGGAUGAGUUAUCACCUAAGUGGCCUAAUGCUUACUGGGAUGACUGGGUGAGACUAAAUGAGGUACACAAAGAUCGGCAAUUUAUUCGUCCAGAAGUUUGCAGAACAUACAAUUUUGGCGAGCAUGGCUCUAGCAUGGGACAGUUUUUUAGACAAUAUUUGGAGCCUAUUAAACUGAAUGAUGUGCAAGUCGAUUGGAAGUCUUCUAAUCUGACUUUUUUGAUGGAGGAAAAUUUUUUGAAAUAUUUUGCCAAAAUGGUCUCCAACGCCAGACCUAUUCGAGAAUCUGAUCUUAUUUUGAAGGCAAAUAAUAUUGAUAGUGAUAUAAGAAUCCAGUAUAAUGACCAGCGGCACUUUGAACACAUAGCCCGACAAUUUGGAAUUUUUGAAGAAUGGAAGGAUGGAAUUCCCAGGACAGCAUAUAAAGGAGUGGUAGUUUUUCGCUAUCGAGGUCCAAAGCGUGUAUUUCUCGUCGGUCCGGAUUCUCUGAGGCUGCUGGGAAUAGAGUAAAUUUGAAUUCUAAACACCACACUAGAAGGCUUCCAGAACUCCCAUGGUUGAAGGCCUGAUGAAGGUGAUGACCACCAAAACAACUUUAAGGUGGAAGCUUAGACGAGGCUCAGAUUUGUGUACAACAGCCUUCAUGUCGAUGCAUAUUGUCAGAAGACCAAACGAAGGAUUCCUUAUGGGUUCAUCCCAAACAUUUUGGUAAGCUAGUAGAUAGAUAUCCAUGUCAUGCUUGCAAUGGUAUAGACUUGUCUCAGUUGCAUUAGUUCUCUCUUUUUCU